AUGACUGUAUUUCGUGCACACAUCCCGCCGCCAGUGUUCAUUUUUCCCACGGCCAACAAAACCAGUCAAGCAGGAGAAGGUUGCAGCGAGCGCAGUCAGUGAGUGUACCGCUCGGCCGGCGCUGCACUAGCUAGUUGCCGGCCGAUCAAUGGAGGUAUGCCGUGAUGUCGCAUCUGCCCUAGCCAAGCUCCACCAAGUGAUCAGUGACGACAAGAAGCUGGAGACGAAGAUGAGAACUGGCCUCGGAGGAAUCUUACUCGAUAUGGUCCAUUUGAAUGCCUAUAUCGAGGAGAACUCCAAGGGGAGAGAGCAAGGGCCUGCACAUGAGGCUUGGAUCCUGCAGCUUCAAGACUUGGCGUACGACAUCGAAGAUUUCGUUGAUUCCCUCUACCGGAAGCCGAAAGAGAAGUUCCCUCUCCGGGCUGUGCGGAUGAUCACAGCAACUGAUCCCCGACCUGAGUACGGCGAUGAAUUCACAGCCUUCCAGGAGCGCACGGCGAGGCUGGAGGCGAACAAGCCGAGCUUCCCCGCAUGUACCGGCCAGAGUGGCGCAGCUGCUCAAGCUGCGUCUGUGCUCACUGCUGGUCCAUCCAUGUCCCCAAACGGAGGCACCCACACUCCUUCGACUUCAAGGUUGCUGUCCAGCGACCACGGCGCAUCUCCUCUUGUGGGCAUCGACCGUUUCAAGCAAGAUCUCGUAGAUCUGCUGAAGCAAGUCGAAGGUGAGCCCAGAGAGCUGAGGGUGAUCUCCAUCCUGGGGGUUCGCGGCGUCGGGAAGACUGCCCUCGCAAGGGCAAUCUACCAAGCCUGUGGCACUUUCGGCGACCAGGAGCCGUUCGACUGUCAUGCUAUGGUCAUGGUACGGCCUGACGACAAUGAGGCUUCCGGGAGCAAUGGCGCAGCGGAGCUCUUGAGGGAGAUCCUGAUACAAGUUGGCAACGUUGCAGGCCAGAUCUCCAAUACUUCUGCUGCCGAGUUGGAAAAUAUUCUGCGGAAAGACCUUGAGCACAAGAGGUACUUCAUUGUAAUUGACGGUUUGCAACAAGAAGAAGAUUGGGACUUCCUGAGGAAUGUCUUCCCUCAAAAUGAGAAAAGUAGCAGGAUAGUUGUGAGCACAAGUGUCCAACGUGUCGCUAAGUACUGCAGCUCCAGCACUAGUUUCGUGUACAAAAUGGAAGGUCUCGACAAUGAGGAGACUAAGAAACUGUUCUGGCAAGAAGUUGGAGUGCCGAAUGCUGCCGAUUCGUUGAAACAACUUGCACAAGGCAUCUGUAACGGAUGCCACGGUUUACCCCUCGCAGUGGUCAGUGCAGCCAAGUAUUUGAGACCCAUAUGGACAGAACUGAAACAGAGUGACUGGGACCGCGAGGCUCUCGCGCUAGGUAACCGCGGAUUUUUUUGUCAAAAGAGACCACCUGUACAAUCGAAUUGGCAAAAAUGACCCCUUUUAAGACGAUUUGACAAAAAAGACCCCAUCGGCCGUAGCGGCAGGCGCGCCAGGCGACACGUGGCACCUGCCGCCACGGUGCAAGGCGGCAGCCCCUGCCGCCGCGGCGUCAGGCGGCCGGCUGCAUGGAACGGGAAUCGACUGGCGCGACGCUGUGGACCCCCGCCGGACUGUAGCAGCCCGGCCCGACCGCCUCAGGGGCUGGCGGCAGGCCUGUUCAUCGGCUGGCAGCAGGCUGUAGAAGGUGGUCUCUUUGAAAAAAAAUUCCCGUAGGAUCCGAUCUGUACCAAUCCAUUCGCCCUGCGCUGCGCAUGUACGGCAGUACUUUGCUUGUUUAAAGAGGUGGACGUGGCAUGGGCAUGCAUGCAUGACUGAGGAUUUUGCUCGUGUUAACUACUGGAGUAUGUACUAGUAACUAAGCAAGGAAUACAGGCCAGACGAUGAAUACAGUGCCAG